AUGUAUGGCGAUAUGUCGAACAUCGUAGCGACUGAACAUGAGGCCGGCCUGGGGCACCACAUUCAGUUGCCUGAGAACAUCAUAAACGAGAGAUUCAGCUGGGUUCCAGCGGUAGCACCCUUUCGGCGCCUAGUUGCCACGCAGCCCGAAGGAAGCACGGGGGCUGGGAUACUGCCAGGUUACUUAAGUCUAGACAGGGGAAGUCGAGGGGCAGAAUUCGGGUCCGAAUCACAGACCUUCCGGUCAGUAAAUUCGCACUCUAAUCACCUGGGCCAUCUCGCUUCCGAUCCAUAUUAUAAAUUGAGGCACACUUCGCUCCCGUAUGUGAUUUGA